UAAUGGUAGAAAGAAAACUUUUUUUUUUUUAAUUUCUCCGGUUUUUUAACGCGCGGAGUUGGCGGUGCCGCCACCACAUAGAUUACAGCGCGUCCGGAGGGAAUCGCGAUAGAGGACCGCGGAUGCAGUACACGCCUCAUCCGUGACGCGUUUCGACUACGGAAGUAUGCCGCAUGCCGCUUCAUUGCUUCAGUGCUAAUCGCAUUAACGCCGACAGUCAUCCUGAGAUUAGUUCUGGCUGAAUGUUCUUUUUUUUUGUAUCUAUAGAUUAAACACAUUUUAAAGAUUGCCUCGACAGUUCCCCCUUUUCAGAUAGAUUUCUAGAGUAAGUGAAAACUAGCACUGUGAAAAAUCGCGAUCUUUAGGUAGUCUAAUUAGAAAGGCCACUAUAUAAAUUAGCUUAGAGCUCACGUUGCAAUCGCGAAAAUGAAGCCGACCAGUAGUGAAGUCAUUCAACACAUGUCUGCCUAACAAAUGUCAAACACUAGUAUUACAUUAGAGACAAACGUCCCCAAAAUACGUGGCAUAACUGAGUUCGUCCCGAACUGCUUUUUGGAAAACUGCCGACUGGAACCCAAGUGUGCUAUAAGAACGAAUAAAUUGAAACUAAUGUUAGCCUAAGAAUUUCAGCUAAGCAGGCAACGACUUCCCUACUCCUCGAUCGGCAUCAACUUCGCAAUUUUACCGUGUGUCCUAAAGUCAAUGUCUGAAGAAAAGUAUCUUGCGGUCUCUCUUAAUUAGCUACUAGGACAUUGUGAUAUUUCGUGCAAGUAAUGUCGAUCCGCCUCUUGAGGUAGUCGACCUGAACAGGCCUAAUGUGCUCCGUGCAAUUGUUUUCAACAUCUGUUCGAAGUAAAAAUAAUAAUAGUAAAAAGAGAUGCAUAUAUACUAACUCUAGAGGACGACUAGAAAGCGGGAAGGAGGGGAAGGGCUGCAGCGCACUAAACCUCGAAAAAAAUUUGAGGACGAGCUGGGGCGCGAAGCAAGAUAUUUUGCUUUGAGAGCUGGGCGAUAUGAUUGCUCCGUUUUCAGUAGCGUCCCCAUGUUACGCAUAAAGUUUCCUGCAGGAAACUGUAUGAUGCCAUGACGCGCGCGUGUGUAAUCUAUAGUACAUGCGCGUCACUACAUACUGCUAGAGAGCGCUCAAAUGGCACUUAGCUGAGCAGUAAAUAAGCGAGAGGGCCAUAACGCUAUGCUAAGCAUUCUGAUAAAAGUCACAGUUAUGUUUACAGAAAACCAGCGAGUUGCAAAACCACUAGUAUUAGAACCGCCACUUUGAGGUUCCCAAACGCAAAUAUGCCAUCAUUUUAACCUGCAAUCUUGGCACAGUACUGUGCAAAGCUGAACUUGGCGACAAAAAGAGAGAGGCAGAGUAAAAAAAAAAAGGGAAGAAAAAAAUAAAGAAAGGAAAAGAGAGAGAAAGAAACAAAAAAGGCAAGCGCGAGCAGACGACGCCCGUGCCUCUUUGGAGCCUGGACGCCUAGCGUCGCGCAGCGGGCAGCAAGAUAAAAAACGGCGACAGAGAUGUCGUUGAGCGCACGACCAACAAAAAUGUCGAAACUACGAUAGACCGCGAUCUCUCGCUCUCAAAGCCUUAGUGGUGCAGCGGCCUAGGUAGAGUGCAGCAAGGGCGCAUCUGAAAGUGCCGAUAAAUACAAUCCAGAGAACGCUAAAGUGUCGCACCGUGCUAGACGUGUCGCGCGCACUGCAACGAUAAUAGAGUUAACUGCCGCUUCAUCAUUUGAUCUACGUAGAUUCGCAGAUCUUCGAACACCUGAAAGUGACGUCGGUGACAGCAUCUCAACAAUCGCGGACGUAUGCGAGCGAAGUAGCGGCAGGGCGCGGAAAGCGCCGAAAAUAAGCUAUGCAGAAAAUCGAUACUCUGCUGUCACUAACUAGCCACAGUUUCGCAUAACAAACUAUGAGGCCUUCAGCUCCACAUUUUGUCCCGAGAUUCCUGCAAACAUUGUUUCAGAGUACUAUAAAUUUAAUGCUUUUUUGAAUUGGUAAAUGCUUGCGGUAACUUAAACAAGCUCUACGUCUUGUCUUUCCGUCGGCACAGAAUGCCACCAGUCCAAUCGUCAUCGCAGCAAGCAAUAUAUUUUUGACUCGUAAGUGUACAUAAGUAGAUGAGAUUCGCAUUUCGUUGUAUUGAUAUUAGAGGGCUUGAAACAGAUGCUCGGCAUGCGCUCGUUGUUUGCUUGGAUGGCAUGGCUUGUGUGUGACGCUUGUAAUCAGAGGUGCUUGCUGUGCCCUACAGUCGAAUGCGAGGCACGGCUGUAGGCGUAAAAAAAAACUCAGGCUAAAAAAAAUACCCUCUUUGUUCUCUCGCCCAAAUUUGUGUUUCUGGAUUGCAUGCGGUCGUAUAUCGCUAUGAAAACAUGGAUGCGGCGCAUCAUUUUUGAAUGGGCGCCGGAGGCGGGCGUUCGCGUGCGCUUGCUUCGGGUGGUUGUGGUUGCCUUGUGCGGUGCCACGGGAUGGAUCGCUGUGGUCAGUUCAUGUGGUCAGUCAUUAGCGACCUAAAUUAAAAUCGACGUUUAUGAUAGCGCUUCCGCAGUGUUAUUAAUAUGCUCCCGGUGUCACUUGUGGCUCUGGACAUUGUUUAGUUUCGUUUUUGCGUACGCUUGUGUUCGGUGUUAGCACUUUGCCUCAAAAAGCAGUCAUGCUGAACGGAGGCGCAGGUGCGAAUGUCCAUUUUGCGCCCGCGUUGGCCCGUGCCUAUCGAUAGCCAGCAGGAAAGAGCGCUUGCUGUAGUUUCGCGGUGGCGUUGAUUCCUUCUCGUGCGCGAUGCUUUAACGUGCGUUACGCUUCGUGAAAUUCGGUUUUCUUCUUUAAUUCGUGUCAUAUAUGCGAAUGGCAUGCCGAAAAAUAAGCCCUAAGCGUGCAUUUCUUGUGUGAAAUUUGACUACGCGAAGCUGCUCCCGUCGAUCCGUGCGUUGCCGUCCAGUUUCGGUCAGGAACUACUCGUAGGCUGCACGCAGCGCAGCCAGGAUGACCCUGCAAUACGUUUGUCCCCUAUGCCCGUACGAGACACGGGCACGGGGCAUCCUCUACCGACAUUUGCUCAUACACACCGGUGUCAAGCCGUACUGCUGCGAGAACUGCGGUCGCCGGUAUGCCCUGCCUGAAACACUGCUCGAGCACAUGGCGGCUCACCGCCGGGAGCCGCCGUACAAGUGCGGUCGAUGUACGAUGGCACUUGACCACUUCUCCGAGUACCUGAGGCACCAGGUGUACCACAUGCUCAAGAGCAUCCACCGCUGUUCAUUCUGCGGCGAGGGCUUCGUCUGGAAGCAGGCCCUCAAGCACCACUGCAAAACUCACAAGGAAGGCAAGCACCUUUUCCACAUGUUCUUCCGGAAGACCGCGGGAAGGCGGAGAACUCGGUACCAGGACGAGAACGACAUGCCCCUAGACCUCAAAAUGAAAGUACCUGUCCAGGUGGGAAAGAGCUCUCUGGACUGCCCCCGGGAAAUGAAAGCCGGUAAUGGCUUGAGCAGGCUCGGCGAGCAGGACAGGUCAACUGGAUACAAUCAGCAGCCUUCUCUGCAGCCACAUCCGUUUGGCAACCUCCUGACACCAGGUGGCCCAUCACUUCUUGACAGCUACUUCAAGUUCUACAUGUACCCACACCUCGGUGCACCACUACCUUACCAGAACGGUGCAAGCCUGCUGUCGCCCGUGUUGCGUGCCUCUCCCAACGGUCACGAGGAUGAGGAUAUGCUGAUGGAGGCUGGCCUCUACAUCUGCCGAGUUUGCGGCUGGCAGUUCACCAAGGUGAGCCACCUCACGGCCCACAUGUACAUCCACACUGGUCGCAGGCUUCACAACUGUGACAUCUGCGGCAAGAACUUCACACGCAAGGGCUCUUUGAAGCUGCACCGGCUGCAGCACCAUGAGGCAAAACCGCACCGGUGUGACAUCUGCCACAAAACCUUCUUGCAGGCUCGCUACCUUCGUGCCCACCUGCUAGUCCACCGCCGGCAAGAGGCCACUUCAAGACCUCCGGAGCCAGAGCCCGUGCCCAAGCGCUUCGAUGUGCCCGUGGUUUCACCAGUGUUCCAGGCUUCCUUCCAGAGCAUGCUUCAUGCUCCGGACAUGGCGCCUACGGAACCGGAGGCUGCUGAGUCUCCCGAGUCAUCUAGCAACACUCCAUCGUCUGCUCACCAGUGCCCGAUUUGCCAGAAGGGCUUCUCGCAGCCGUACAAGUUGCGGCGCCAUCUGGUGAUUCAUGCCAGCCCCCGCAUCCACCAGUGCAACAUCUGCCAGAAGGUGCUGCCCUCGGUGACGGAGCUGCGGAGCCACAAGAAAUCGCAUGGCCGCACCAGGCAGCACUGCUGCGAGUACUGCAAAAAGGAUUUCUCGUGCUCGUCCACACUGCGGCGCCACGUGCGUAUCCACACAGGCGAGAAGCCCUACCAGUGUGAGGUGUGCCUCAAGCGCUUCUCGGACCUGUCCAACAAGAACUGCCACAUGCGCACGCACACUGGUGAGAAACCCCACCGCUGCCAGGUGUGUGGCAUGCGGUUCUCCCUCAAAAAUGCCCUCAGCUGUCACAUGCGAAACCACAUGGUCUGAAUCGGGCCACUU